AUGGAUCCCAGCAAGAUCGACCUCGCCGCCGCUGCGCGGGCGGCAGUAGCUCGGCUCAAGGAGCGGGACGGUGGCACCGGCGACAGCUCGGCUUACACUGCCGCCGCCGCGCGACUGGCCGCACUGCAGGAAGCCGCGCCAUCUCAGAGACCUGCGGCACUCAUUGCGCGUCUCGACCUGUCCACCCUUUGCUGUCCCCCGGUUCAGCUUCAGCAGUACGGUGCGCUACAGCACGUGUCGCAGAUGCAGGACGUCUACCUUCAGACGGCGGGCGCGAGCCACCUGCAGACGGCGGGCGGGAGCCACCUGCCCGCCGCUGGCCCGCCGCUGAGCAUGCCUCUGCCCGGCUUUGCGGCGGCGGCGUACCCCGGCCUGCAGCCCGUGCCCGAAAAGCAGCGCCCGACGGUGCCGAACGUCCGGUUCGCGCGGAGCCUGAUCGGCGCGGCGCUCGGCGACGACAACCGGAAGAAGCGCGCGCGAGAGGCGUCCGAGGAGGAGGCCUCCGCCAACGCGGCGGCGCUGCGCGACAAGGCCAAGGCGAAGGCCGUCGCCGCCGCCGCCGCCAUCACGACGCCCAUCAGCGCGGAGGAGAUCGCCGCCGCGCAGCAGCGGCUCCGCGCGCAGGCGCUCUCGCGCACCAUCGAGGCGCGCAUCCCUCCCGAGCACCGCGGGAUGCGGGUCAAGGUGCUGGGCGGCGCUGCGGAGGGGGGGGGCGGCACCGCGGUGGUGGUUGCGGCGCGCGACCCCGAGUCGCUGCAGCUCAAGCUCGACUCGAGCAAGCAAGUCAUCUCGGCGCGCGAGGCGGACCUGCUGCCCACCGAGCCAGAGGCGGGCUGCUUGAUCAUGGUGGUGGAGGGCGCGCAGGCGGGCCAGGUCGGCGUGGUGGAGAGCGUCUCGCUGGCCGAGCGCACCGCAAACGUGCGCCUGCCGGAGGGGAGCCUCAACUGCUCGCUGCUCGACAUCACGCAGUGGGCCCGCGGCUGA